AUGCGCUAUUCGCUGCGCGGCCCCCAAAAGGACGGCGAGGUCUCGUGGGGAUCCGCGCAAAAAACGAUGGGGAUGCUGAUGGGGAUGGAGAUGAUGAGCGGGCAACUGCCGGCGGACGCCCGUGUCGGCGUUUCCGUCGAGGUCGCAUGCCUCAGCACGGUGGCAAUCACGCAAAGCUGCGCGGCCCCGCCAAGAUGCGCCGCCAGACGACGGCGUCAUUUCCGGGGCCAUCAGGAACCAAAUCGAGGACAGGCUGGUCGCGGCACAGGGGUUGCGAGAAGAGCAUUCACAGAGGACGACGGGGACAAAGACGAGCACGACGACGACGACGACGGACGGCGUCGGUAA